UAACGUCUUUCCUUGUCCCUCAUGUCACGUGACGUGAUAUGACAACCGCUUGUGAAAAUAGCUUGGAAUCGAAGUCCUUGUUUUUCGAGCCUUUGACCGACCGAACUUAACGUUGUAUUAUCGAAAAUGAACAUCGAACGUGUUCAGCAAAAGUUUAGGAGCAGUUAAGAGUCUCAGAGAGUGUGUUUAGAGGUGGACACAGAGAGAAUUAAUGUUGUUGAGGUCGCGGCAGGAUGCCCCGCCGGAAGCGCACAACGGAUGAAGGCGGAAGAAGAGCGAAAGUCGGCAGAGUGGAGCACAACGAAGAGACCCUGGUCAUAUCUGAUUCUGAAAAUGAAGAGGAGGAAGAUUGCUCACUUAAAAGGUCCUCUCGGACCACCCGGUGGAAACGAAGGGAGAAUAAAUCUCAACUACGAGACAUGACAGAAGAAGAGAUGCUGAACCUGGCCAUGAGACUUAGCGCUCAAGAAGCAAACAAUGCUUCCCAGAAACUACAGCAGGAAGACAACAACGUACAAAAGGCCAUAACAGAAAGUCUUAAUGACAAGACUUCAGAUAAACAGACAGACAUAAGCAACACUCCUGAGCUCUUCAGAUCUGUCUCAGAUUCCCAGUCCCAGACAUCCCCUCUCUUCACCAGGCAUGGCUGCUUCAUUCGUCACCCUGUAGUACGUGUAGAGAAACUGAGUCAGGACCUCAUCCCGGCAAGCACAGACUCAGAUUUUCACACACAGGCCAGUGCUGCUGCUACAUCCCCCAAGCAGGAAGACUUCAAACGAAAAAUGUAUUUGCUAGAGGACAAAGACUGCUGUAAAAAUACUAAUGCAAGUGAAGACGAUACUCAAAUAUCUGAUGAAGAUACUCAUUUACCAACACAAGUAAGCCAAGAUUUGAGCACAGGUCCAGAUACGUGCCUUUCACCUUCUAGAAGAUCAAGCCCCAAAUUCGUGCCUAAAAACAGCAUUGAAGAUGUCACAGUAGCAAGUAAAACCCCUAAUCUAAAGCAAGUGGAGGAUCAGACCACUCGGGGUAAGAAUGUAAAAUAUGACACUGAAACUGCUCCAAACACUCAGUCUUGGAAUGAAUUUACUAGUCACAUGGUCUUGCAUUUAACAGAUGAUGAAGAUGAUGCCAGUGAAGAGGUUCUUUCCCCCAGCCCAGUGUUGUGCAAGGAAAAGAUUUUUAAGCCAAUCAAGACAAAGCUUUCCCCAACCCAGUCCUGCAUCUCUCCAGCUACCAUCACACUCUAUUCUUCUACACAAGACACACAGAUGUCCCGGUCUGUCCUGGAAGAGGACUCGAAAGCAUCCAAGGGUGUGGAAUUCAAAUCCUCCGACUGGAAAUCUCCACAUUCUUCAGUGGAAAAAGGAGAAUGCACUAUCUCUUACUACUGGGGAGUGCCUUUCUGCCCCAUGGGGCAAAACCCGGACGAGUACACACGUGUGAUCAUGUGUCAAAUGGAGGUGUACGAGAAGAGCCUGAAGGAGGCCCAGCGAGAGCUGCUGCACAAAGCACAUUGGGGACAGCCAGUGUUUCCUGGCUCUGUGAGGCCGUUUGGUGCAAGGAGAUGGAAGCGCCACAGAGCUCCUCAGCUGUCAGAGGAUGAGGAGGAGGAGAAUGAAGAAGAGGCAGAGAAAGAAAAUAACAGAACAGAAGUAGAAGAAGAGAAGGACGAAGCCAAGGAGUCUGUGGUGGGGUCACAGGAGGAUGCUGAGUGCGGACAGAGUGAAACAUACGUAGUUUUGUCAUCUCCAGAGACAAACGAUGAGCAAGUGGAAAAAAACCCUUUCCUCAGCCGUGAGGAGCCUGUUACUGCCGCUUUAAAUAAAUCUUUCAGGAAAAGUGCUCCAUGGGAUACUUCAGAUGAAACUCAAAUACAAUGUUCAGCUGAGCCGGAGGAAGAAGUGGCCCAGAAUCACAAGCAUUGUGAAGAGGAUGAGAUCAUUUGUCCAGAGACUCAGAUGACUCAAAACAACACACCAGAACUAAUGGUGACCAGUCCUGCACAGCCCCAGUCUCAUGCUGGCAGUGAGGUGAUGGAGGGAGGAGGUGCUCCUGCUGUAGAGGAGGAGAUGGAGCAAGAGGCAGCUCCUCUUCACUGUCAGGAGCUGGAAUGCCCCAUGUGCUCCAAACUCUUCCCCUUCAGCAAGAUCCAGAUACAUGCGGCUUACUGUGAUGGUGAAGCAGACCACCAGGAAGAGCAAUCACAAGGACCAAAAGAAAUUGAUGAAACUCAGCAAUCUGGCAAUGGCCUUGCUGAUCCUGCGGUGAUGGGGACUUCUGAAAGUGUAGACUGCUCAGCGAUGACUUCCUGUACCAGUAACGCCUUCACUCCUGGAUCAGAGAACACUGACUGCCUUAUUGACUCUCCUAAGAACAUCCAAAGACUCUCAAGAAAGAGAAAAUUUAAAAAAGUGUCAACAUGCUUUUAGUAACGCUCGUGUCUGUGCUUUUCAGUGCCUCUCCAUUUGUAUGGCUUUUUAUAAAAUGAAAAAUUUACAAAUGUAUCUAUUUAAUUCUUUGUUGUCUUAUAAAAUUGUAUUAAAUAAUAUUGGCACCUCAUAAAAAGUCUGAUUUGAUAUUUGUCUAUAUAUCGCCCAUCCGCCUGACCGCCCAUCCAUAUAGGUGUAUAAUAUGGGGGGUUUUUUCUCUAAGGUGUGGUCAGAUUUACUGUUGCUUUGCUAAUUUUAAUCAUAUUUUAAUCUGAAAUUUCAGAAGUUCUCCAUGCAGAUGAACUACAGGGUGAGUAGUAAU